GCGCCGGAAGUGCCCGGCUUGAAGCCGGAGAGGUCGGUUCCGCCCGACUCCAACAUGGCGGCGCCCUUUGUCUGCUCCGAAGUGCCGUCCCUGGCCUUGUCGGAGCCGUGAUGCGCCUCGUUGGGCGGUGGGAUCCGGGACAUGGCAGGUAAUGUGCUGGAGGAGGCGAGCCAAGCUGGAGUUUAUGCAGAUAAACUGUCAAAAGAGAAUAAUCUGGGCUACUUGGAAAUCUGAGCCAUGGAUUUCCCCCAGCACAGCCAGCAUGUCUUGGAACAGCUGAAUCAGCAGCGGCAGCUGGGACUUUUGUGCGACUGCACUUUUGUGGUGGAUGGUGUGGAUUUUAAGGCCCAUAAAGCAGUUUUGGCAGCCUGCAGUGAGUACUUCAAGAUGCUCUUCAUGGACCAGAAGGACGUGGUGCACCUGGACAUAAGUAACGCGGCAGGCCUGGGGCAGGUGCUGGAGUUUAUGUACACAGCUAAACUAAGCCUGAGCUCUGAGAAUGUGGACGAUGUGCUCGCUGUGGCCAGCUUCCUGCAGAUGCAGGACAUCAUCAUAGCCUGCCAUGCUCUUAAGUCAUUGGACGAGCGGGACACCAUCCCUUGUGAGAACUCUGAGGCUCCAGCUAUUGGAGGAGCUGACAAGAGAACCAAAGAGGACAAGGCUGCGUGCACUGCAGUGAGCGAGCUGGAGGCCCCCGGCAACAGGGUCCCCCACAACACAGGCAGGGAGCUCAAGGAGGAGCGAGGUGGUCAGGCAGAGAGCAUGGCCAACGGUGUGGAGCCGACAGAGAAGGCCGAUGCCCCCCGGGAGCGGCUGCCAGUGGAGCCCAAGCCCGACCCCACAAGUGGCAUGGCUGCUGCCGAGGCCGCCUUAUCUGAGAGCUCUGAGCAAGAGAUGGAGGUAGAGCCAGCCAGGAAAGGAGAAGAGGAUCAUGAGGAGGAAGAGGAGGAGGUAGCCUUGUCUACUGUGGUCAAGGAAGAAGGGCUACAUCUGGAGAAAGGAGAGGCCCCUGAGGAGAGUGAGGAGUCUGCGAGCACAGACUCGGGGCAGGAGCUGGGCGCCGAGGCCCGGGGCUUGCGCUCAGGCACUUAUGGUGACCGCACAGAGUCCAAGGCCUACGGCUCUGUCAUUCACAAGUGCGAGGACUGUGGGAAGGAGUUCACGCACACAGGGAACUUCAAGAGGCACAUCCGCAUCCACACGGGUGAGAAGCCCUUCUCCUGCCGCGAGUGCAGCAAGGCCUUCUCUGACCCGGCGGCCUGCAAGGCCCACGAGAAGACCCAUAGCCCGCUGAAGCCAUACAGCUGCGAGGAGUGUGGCAAGAGCUACCGACUCAUCAGCCUGCUGAACCUGCACAAGAAGCGGCACUCGGGCGAGGCGCGCUACCGCUGCGAGGACUGUGGCAAGCUGUUCACCACCUCGGGCAACCUCAAGAGGCACCAGCUCGUGCACAGUGGUGAGAAGCCCUACCAGUGCGACUACUGUGGCCGCUCCUUCUCCGACCCCACCUCCAAGAUGCGCCACUUGGAGACCCAUGACACUGACAAGGAGCACAAGUGCCCUCACUGUGACAAGAAAUUCAAUCAGGUGGGGAACCUCAAGGCCCACCUGAAGAUCCACAUCGCAGAUGGGCCCCUCAAGUGUCGAGAGUGUGGGAAGCAGUUUACCACCUCAGGGAACCUUAAGCGGCACCUCCGGAUCCACAGCGGGGAGAAGCCCUAUGUGUGUAUCCAUUGCCAGCGGCAGUUUGCAGACCCUGGCGCUCUGCAGCGGCACGUCCGGAUCCACACGGGUGAGAAGCCCUGCCAGUGUGUGAUAUGUGGCAAGGCCUUCACCCAGGCCAGCUCCCUCAUCGCCCACGUCCGCCAGCACACUGGGGAGAAGCCUUAUGUCUGCGAGCGCUGUGGCAAGAGAUUUGUCCAGUCCAGCCAGUUGGCCAAUCACAUUCGCCACCAUGACAACAUCCGGCCUCACAAGUGCAGCGUUUGCAGUAAGGCCUUCGUCAAUGUCGGGGACUUGUCCAAGCACAUCAUCAUCCAUACUGGAGAGAAGCCUUACCUGUGUGACAAGUGUGGUCGUGGCUUCAACCGAGUGGAUAACUUGCGCUCCCAUGUGAAGACUGUGCACCAGGGCAAGGCAGGCAUCAAAAUCCUGGAGCCAGAGGAGGGUGGUGAGGUCAGCGUGGUCACUGUUGAUGACAUGGUCACACUGGCCACGGAGGCACUGGCAGCAACAGCUGUCACUCAGCUGACAGUGGUACCAGUGGGGGCUGCAGUGACCGCUGACGAGACAGAAGUGCUUAAAGCCGAGAUCAGCAAAGCUGUGAAGCAAGUACAGGAAGAAGACCCCAACACCCACAUCCUCUAUGCCUGUGACUACUGUGGGGACAAGUUCCUGGAUGCCAACAGUCUGGCGCAGCACGUGCGAAUCCACACAGCCCAGGCACUGGUCAUGUUCCAGACGGACGCAGAUUUCUACCAGCAGUACGGUCCAGGCGGCACAUGGCCCACUGGGCAGGUGCUGCAGGCUGGGGAGCUGGUCUUCCGCCCUCGGGAUGGGGCUGAUGGGCAGCCAGCUCUGGCAGAGAUGCCCCCCAGUGCCCCUGAAUGUCCGCCUGCUGAAUGAGCAGGUAUCCCUCUCCUGUUUAUUUAAGGAUGGAUGGCACCCUAGAACUGAGAGGGGUGGCCCUGUCCUCUAGAGAGAAUAAAUUUGAUUAUUUUCUAA